AUGUCUUCGUCCGGUGUCAACGUCCUCCGCUGGUCGGCCCUUGGUCUCGGUGUCGUAUACGGUAUCUACCACCAAUCAGCCAUUACUGCUGCCGACAAGCUCCGUGAGAACGCAAAGGAGUACGAGCGCAAGCAGGCUCUCAUCAACCAGGCCCGUUCAGAGUACCAGAAGAAGAAUGCUCCCGCAUCCAAGUCUGGUGUUGUUUCCGACCCCAGCGACCCCAAGUUCGAUCUGGAAUCUUGGCUCAAGUCGGUCCAAUAG